CUAUUUAUGUUGUUGAAAUGAUUUAAAGCAUUUAGGCAACAUGUCUGAUUCUGUUUGUUUAGAAUCGGCAGAAGGCAAUAUAAUGGAAGAAUUAACAAUAAAUUUUGAAACAUGUGUUGGUGAAAUGGAUCUAAAAAGUGAAACUGAGGACAUAAAAGAUAGUACUCUUGAUAAAUUGGCUAUAAAACUAUUAAAGUAUAAUUUUAUACUGACUGCUCUUGAAUUUCAUACUGAAUUAGUUGAGAGUGGAAGGGAAUUACCAAGACUUCGAGAUUACUUUUCCAAUCCAGGGAAUUUUGAAAAACAUUUGCAAGAGACAGAAACGUCUCCAGUCUUACCAAGGACUUCUAGUGUUCAGACUUUUGAUUCUCUUGAUUUCACUCGGUAUUCUGAUGAUGGUGAACGACAGGUAGAUGAGAGAGUUGCAGUUUUAGAAUUUGAAUUAAGAAAAGCCAAAGAAACAAUUAAGGCAUUAAGAACAAAUCUUACAGUUGCUACAGAAUCUGAUCCUAAUACUCCAACAUGUGCUACAGCAAAGUCUAUUGUUCAAGAUGCUGUAAAACCUCAUGAAAAAAGAGCUUUAAACUUUCUUGUCAAUGAAUACCUGCUAAAUAAUUCAUAUAAAUUAACAUCAAUCACUUUUUCUGAUGAAAAUGAUGAUCAGGAUUUUGAAGACUGGGAUGAUGUUGGCCUUAAUAUCCCUAAGCCACCAAAUUUACUUCAACUGUAUCGAAAUUUUAGUAGAUAUAUGUAUUUGCAUAAUGAUGUUUCUACCAAGAUGGUUCAGACAGAUCGUAUAGCUUUAGAGAAUGAUGAGAGUAAUUCUGACUUUCGUAAUAAUGAAAAAUGCAAACAAGAACAAAAAAACUUGUUAGACCAAAUUACAAAACUAAUCCAUGAAAAGGAUGAAUUAGCAAUGAUUGCUGAAGAAAAAGAGAAUCUUGCACUUGAAGUGAAAAGUUUAAAAAGAGAGCUUAAGAUGUUUAAAAUGAAUUCCGGAAAUACUGGAUCAGAGAAUGCAGGACAUACACUUUCUGGUGUAGGAGAGGAUAUGAAAUCUGUAGAUUCAUCUGACACACAAGAAUAUGUAAUAGUGGGCAAGCAAGUUGAUAACAGUCCAGUUUCUGUUGCUGCAAAUGAUUCUUUUACUACAUUCCAAGUGGAACCUAAUUCUGAAACUGUGAAUAAAAAUGUAGAUAUGCUAAAUGCUCAUUCAAAUAGUUAUACAGAAUUGUCAUAUAAAGUUGAAAGGAAUAUAUCUCAAGAAUUCCAGAAAACAUUGUUUAGUCUCUGCCAAUCACAAAAAAUUGCACAAGAUAAUCGGGUAAUAAAUGAAGUAUCUGAUAUUGUUAAUUCUCAAGAAACUGUGAUUAUGAUGUUGGCUCGCUGUUUACCUCACAUAGUUCCAAAUAUUUUGCUGGCUAAAAGGGAGGAAUUAAUUCCUUUGAUUCUGUGUGCAAUAGCUUUGCAUCCUGAUCCAAAACAAAGAGACAAAUUAUUAAACAUACUCUUUAACCUCAUUAAAAGGCCUGAUGAAGAACAAAGACAAAUGAUUCUGACAGGACUUGUAGCCAUUGCACAGCACUUAGGACCAUCAAGAGUUGAAGCUGAGCUUCUUCCACAGUGCUGGGAACAGAUCACUCAUCGCUAUGUGGAGAGAAGAUUAUUGGUUGCUGAGUCUUGCGGUGUUUUAGCUCCAUAUGUUAUGAGUGGAAUCCGUAGUUCCCUUCUUCUUUCUAUGUUGCAACAAAUGCUUCAAGAAGAUAAAGAUGAUUUAGUCAGGGAAACCGUCGUAAAAAAUUUAGCUUUGCUUCUUUUGUAUGUGUAUGAUAUGGAUAAGUUUCCUAAAGCUUGUGAACUUCUCUUUUCAUCAUUGGAAGAUCGAAGUCUAAAUGUAAUUGAAUCAGGUCUUAAUGUACUUCUGCCUUCAAUUGCGGUCUGGGCCCUAGAAUUAGAUCUUUUAGAAUCUCAACUGUUUCUAUCUGUGAUGACAGUUUUGGACAACUAUUUUAAGGUCUUGAAUGAUGUACCUCUGCCUGUUGUGGUGGGAACUGUUCAGAAUGAAGAGCAGCAAUGUAUUUUACUUGUUCGGGCUGUAUCUAUAUUAUCUCCAUUUCUUUUUGUUUCUGUCAUAAUGUCUGGGCCAUAUGCUGAAAAUCUCCAGGUCACAAGUUGUUCCCCAUCUGAGGUGGAUGUGGAUCGCUUGCCUGUGUAUCCAAGUCCUCUAAUUGAUCCAGCUGUAGUUGUUGGAGAUGGGGAUAAGCUACUCAGUCUAAUUAAAUCUUUUGACAAAUAUAUUAGCUCUGAAUGGUAUAAACCAUGGGAAAAGCAUGAUUGGAUCAUUAAUGAAUUCUUGCCAUGGCUACAUACCAUCUUUGGAUAUGUAAAUUCUCAAAGACAGAUGGUUCUUCAUGCAUUAGUAGAAUUAAUGCACAGUUUUUGCCACCUCUUUGGAAGGCCAUUUACUCAGAAAAAUAUUAAGCCCUCUUUUCUAUCUAGACUGUCCAUUGGCGAAGAAGAGAAAAAUCUGGGAACAGCUGCAAAUCGCUCAGCAUAUCAAGAUGCAACUGUUCCUGUAUAUGUUGCAGGAGUUUUGGCUGCUCUUCAUCAGGCUGAAGAUAGGCAAGAAUUGUUGGAAUUUCUGCAAGAUUUGCUUUGCACUGUAUCACUCUAUCAUCUACCUGACUGCAGUAUAAAAGCUGCUCUUGCAGAACUGAGCACCAAUAAAGCAUAUCAUGAACUGUUGCUGUCUGUACUUUGGGAUGGUGUUGUACAUAAUUCAUCUUUUGUCAGAGUUACUGCUGGGCGGCUGUUUGAAAUUUUGGUUGGUGUUGUGAGUGAAAACUUGCUGCGGACUCGUGUUACACCAGCCCUUGUUACUUUGGCAAGUGACCCAGAGAUAGUUGUAAGAAUUGCAACUGUUCCUGCUUUGGGGGCCAUUAUGGAACUUAGUUCUCAAAAGGAUAACAUCUCAAGUUUCCUCAGACAGCUCUUGGAAAAAGUGCAUCUGCAACUUCAGACAUUUCUUGAUGAUCCAAUGUACUGGGAUCAACAUUUAUUGCAUGUGGAAGUCAUCAGAACCUUUGCUAAAGUUGGACCAAAUACAGAGCCUAAAUUUAGAGAUGAAUUUGUUUUACCGAGGCUAGCUGCAUUAGCAGCAAAAAAUAAUAGUACUACAAAUGAAACAAAGAAAAUGGAUAUUGCUCUGGCAUUGUUAGAAGCAUAUACUGCUAUGUCUUGUUGCUUUAUGAGCGAUCAACUAAUUGCUGAAGCAUUUCUGCCUGGUUUACAUUGUCUAAAAUCUGACUUUCAAGUGAUUGCUCAUGAGUAUGAAGAUGCAAUAAACAGUAUGAUACAAGAAUUUGAAGCUAAACUGGAUGUCGGAAGAUCUGUUGAAAGCCGUCCUAAUUCAUUAUCAAUAUCAUCAACUGGGGGCAUGGAAGAAAUGAGGAACCGAAUGACUAAAAUAUUUACUUCUAGGCAAACAGGAGCAAGACCAAACAUACAAAAUCUGUUUCAGCUUCGUAAAAAAUGAUUGAAAAAUACUUUUGUUUAUAUUCAUUCUACAGUUUUUAGGAAACUUAAAUGCUUUAAAUAUUUUUAAAGUGACCAUUAUUGUCUGAAAAUUAUCUAUCUCCAUCCAUCUAGUUGAAACUGAUACAAAUACAUACUGAAAAAUGUGUAUUGUGUUAAACCAUAAUUUGAAUUUUUGUAUUUUAUUGCAUUGUUAUGCACUCUCAGUAAACUCUCAGCAAUUAACAAAUGCAUGCAUACAUUUGUUUAAAGUGAAAAAUAUUUAUUUCUCAUUUUGUUUCUUUUAAUUAUUUUUGAUUCAAAAAUAGUAUUUAUGUUUUUCAUUCUAUUUAUUAAAUUUUUAACAUUUUGAAUGCCGUAUUUCAAGAGGAUGCUUCUCAUAUACUUAUAGGUAGAAAAGGAAAUAGAAAUGUUUAAUUAUGUAAAAUAUUUUAAUGUUAAGGUUUAUAUCAAGUGUUUUUUUUUAUUUAUUUAUUAUUAUUAUUUCCAAGCAAGCAGUUAUAUUAAAAAUCAUUUGAUAUGAAGACGAGUAGUAAAAAUAUUGCUAUUUUCAAGCAAAAUUUAUAUGGGAACAGGUUUGUGCAGAAUUCCUAUCUAAAGAAUUAAAUAUUUAUAUUUUUUAUUUUUAUUUGUAAUCAUGACACAUUUGUAGUUAUUAAUAUAGGUCAGCUACAAGUUAGGUUUGAAUCUAACACUAUAUUUUAACUCCUGUUUUAUGAAAUUUUUAAAAAUGUGUAAAUGAAAAUGUAAAUCUAUAUUCUUUUUUUUUUUUCCCAUUUUCGUAUAAUUGUAUCUUAUUGUGUCAUUAAGUAGACUUUAUGGUAAAAUUGUAAUCAGUUCAAAUAAUGACUGAAAUUUCCUCUUUUCUGCUUAAGUAAAAUUCUGUUUUUAGCUUUUUUUGUACUAAUACAAAUUUAUUAGUGGCGUCUGCUUUUCAAAGUUUUAGCAAUUUUUCUGCCUUCAGGUAUCUCUGUUUCAUAUUUUUGUUCCAUUUUUUAAUCUUCAUUUUCAUAUUAUCUCAGUAUUGUUAAUGUUUAGAUAACAUAUUUUCUUUUAUUGAAGACCUGAUAUUGCUAUCUACACUUUCCUUUGAUAUUGCUGUCUACAUUUUAAUUCAAGACUAAUUUCAGAAUUUUUUAAUUUCCUUUAUUUUUUCAUCAAAUACUUUCUUAUUUAUUUUUCAAGAUAGAAGGUCUUUAGCUGUAUUUUAAAAAUAUUUUAUCAAUAUUUAGUUUGCAAAUGAUUUUCACAAAUUUAGUUUAUUUUGCUAUAUUUCACUCUUGUUGUAAUCUACUAAAAAUGUUUAUGAAAUGAAAUUCAAAUAAUUGAUUUUAAUCUCUUGGUUGCAUGUGUUCUAAUAUUUAUAUGUCUUUUGAUUUAUUCACUGCUAGAUGGUAAAAUAUACAUUGAAAAUUUUUGUUUAGUACUAAAAUGAUCCCUCUCUCCUAAAAUGUAAAAUUGAGCUAUUUCUUAAAAAGUAAAGUUAAAAGUUUGUUUUAUAUACAAACUCGUUUAAUUUAAGUAUCACCCCUAUUAGUAUUUAAUAUGUAAUAAAAAAAAACUAAAAAAGCCCUGUUUUUUUUUAAAGUUCAGUGGUGUAUUAUUAGUUGUACUGUUGUCUUUUCUUUCCCUCUUCCCCAUUAUGGCUUAUACUGCUUUCUGUUGUUAGCAAUGCCCUUUUUAUAUAAAUGAAAUUCAUGAGUUAAUAUGCUUCUAAAUGUUUUUAAACUUACAUUAGAAGCCAUAACAUAUUUUGGAAAUGAUUUGUUUAAAAAUUAUAUUUCGCAGCUAUAGAGGAAAAUGUAAUCAAUUUCAGUCAUGUAUUCAUUAAAUUGCAUAGCAACAUUGUAAAUUAAAUAGUCUGUGAUAAAUUCAAUUUUUCACAAAUGUAAAUAAAUAUGUAAAUAAAUUUGAAGUGAUAUUUUAAUUCUUAUGUAUAAUUUAAGGGAAUGAAUGAGGUUUUUCUUUUUUAACUCAUUUCCUUGAAUUGUUACUUGUUGAUUUUCUGAAAAUUUAUAGUGUAAUAUUUAAAAUUUUUGUACUACCUGAAUUUUUUUUCUAUUAUGUGUGUCUUAAAAGAAGAAAAUGUAAUAUAUAUGUAUGCAUAUGUUAUCAACCCAAAUGUCUCUUUUUUUUUUUAAAGCUUUUACAUGAAUUUUUUUAAUUCAGCAUAUAUGCUCACCUGUCAUAUUUAUAAGAAAUUUAUUUUCCUCUUUCCCCCCCCUCUCUCCAGUAUGCAUGCUAUUGCUAUUUUGAGCAUGGGGCUGAAAAUUUUUUAUUUAUUCUAGUUUACUGUUUUAACAUUGUAGCAGUUUAUCAGAUAUUGUUAUAAUUCAUCGUGAAAUAUUGUUUUUAGAUUUCAUUCCUUUGCUUCUUAUUACUAUAUGAGAUGCUGCUAUGUUUCUUUGCUAAAUCAAUUUUGCUUUCAGUUCCAUGUUUCAGAAUGCAGUUGUAAUGCUUUUUUCAGUUACUGAUACUUUCAGUUUUUCUGUAGUACAAAAAUCAUGUUAAAUUUGCAAAAUUUAUUAGAAUUCUUUUCCUGCAUGCAAUUGUUGCAGAAUUUCAAAUUUAAUUGAGUGAUUUAAUAUUGUGAUAUUUCUUUUUUCUUGGCUAAACUAAAAAUCUGACCGAUUGUCUUAAAAUUCAGCUUGUGUUGUAUGCAUUAAUUUUUUGGAUCUUUGGCAGGUUUAUUCAGUGUUUAAAUGUAUUUUGCAAUGGUAUAGCAUAAAGCUUUUAAAUAAAAAAAUGCAUCAUGUAAAAGUAAAUAUGGGUUUUUCCCCUUGUUAUGUGAUUAUGCAUCAAAUUUUUAGAAUUCGAAUAAAUUGUUAUAGUUUGAAUCUAAAGAAUUAGUUUUGAGAACAUUUUUUAAUCUCAGAAUUGAGGAAAACUUUCUUAAUAUUGUUACAUUUUUAUCCCGUAAUUAUGUUUAUCUUAUAUUGAUAAUCCCAGUUUACCUGUGAGAUUUUAAAUUUGUUAUAAUUCAUAUUGUGCUAAAAUUUUAAUUAGGCAAAAACAAGUUGGAAAGGAGAGGUUCUUUUAUUUUACUAAUAAGAUACUAUUCUGUAGCAGAAAUUUGAUGAAACUUUGUAAUGCAAAAAUGCAUUACAACUUAUGCAAAUUUAUUGAUGUUUCAUAUUGCAUUGAGCAUGAUUGUAAGCAAUAAGAUUUGAAUUAUGUUGGCAGAACUAAAAUUGUUUAUGUAUUUUAUUAAUAUAACUAAAAAUAAUUGCACUUAUUAAUUAGUAUUAAAAAAUAUGAAAAAUAUUUAAAGAUCAUUUGUAUUUAUUUAACUAUGAAACUUUUCUCUCAAGAUUUUAACCUGCUUCUUUUAAAUGGAGUAGGAAAUUUCAUUAAACAACAAUAUAAUUUGUAAAAUUGAGAAAGAUUGAAUAAUUUAAAAAAUUAAAUAAGUUAUACUCUUAACACUUUUUUUAAUAUAUGUUAUGAAGGAAUAUAUUAUGGGAAUGAAAUUUUUAAGAGAGAAAAAUAUACCUCUCCUUUCUUUAAAUUUAGGAUCUUGUUGUGUCUUUUAAAACAUGUAACAGAUACUCAGGUAAUAAUAAUAGUUUAAAUAUAGGUCAUCAAUACUAGUAGUGAUAAUAUCUGUGAAAGUCCUUAACUUUCUUGUUCAUGAAUGCAGCAUAUAUUGUAAUUAAAUUUUGUUUAUUGAUGGUCAGUUUUACAUUUCCAAACAUUUUUAUUAUUUCUUCUUUAAAUUAUUUUAAUUACAGAAAAUUAUUUUCAUGGCUCUCCUUAUAAUCUCAUGCUUUCAAUGAUUUAUACUCUAGAAAAUAAUGAAUACAAAAUACGUAUGCUGUGUAAACAUUUGAUAAGAUAUUGUUUUGCUCUUUUUGCAUCUUUCAUGCAUCAAGAUAUUGAUCUGAUUUCUUACCAUAUCAAACAGUGAAGGAAAUGUAUACAUUAUAGAUCAGUUAAAAAAAAAAAAAAAAAAAAAAAAAAAUCUUUAAAUUCGAAUAAAAAAAAAA